AUGGAAGCCGCUUGCGCCUGGGAAGGAUGUGAGCGCUCCCAUUGGGGGCUUUUCGACCGCAUCGCGAAGACGGUGCGCGACGUGGAUGAGCAGGGCCAGGUUGUGGCCUACAAGAGCCUGGCUUACAACUGCGCGGGCAAGGCAGUCGAAUUCCGACAGCCGCUCGAGGGCUCUGGCACGAGGCUCAUGCAUGGCGACUUUGCGCGGAAAAUCUCGCCCUCCGAGGAGGCGCUUGCCACCUUCAUCCUCAAAAGACCUCGUCUGUUCCACGCCCGCCGUGUGCUGGUCGUGGGCGCUGGCCUCGGUUUCGCCGGCCUCGUGGUGGGGGCCUGCACCAGUGCCCGAGAGGUGCUGCUGACCGACGGCGAUCCAGAGGUCGUCCGCGUCCUGGAGACCUCCCUGCAGCUGAAUAGAGGAUCUUUCGAUGAGUCUCUGGUGGCCGUGCAACAAGUGCUCUGGGAUCGCAUGGAGCAGUGGCCUCCCCGCCACUCCUUCGACGUGGUCAUCGGAGCCGAUGUUGUUUAUCUCGAGGAUCUUCACUGGGCCUUGCUGGAGAUGAUGCUGAGAGUGCUGCGACCAGGAGGCCAGUUCCUGCUCUUCGCCUCACGCCGAAAUGGCUCUCUGGAGAAGUUCCUCUCGACGGCCAAGUCGGUUUUCGCUACCGUGGAGGUUUCGACGGAGUACGAUGCUGACGUAGAGCAGGCCAUCGGCCGAAGUUCCAAGUGCUUCCCGGUAUUCGCGAAGCUGUCCGUGCCCGCGGAGGAGGCCGAAGACACGGAGGCCGUGCAGGAGCUUCGUCGGCAGUUUGCCGAACGACAUGCGGCAGAGCAGUUGAAGGCCGAACGUUCUGAGCGUCGGCGGGUGAAGGCACAAGCAGCUCACCGCGCAAGGAGCCAAUCCCUGUUGGCAAGACGUGAACGUCGACUGCAAGCCCAGGAAGAGGAGGCAGCGCUGCCUCCGCCUCUGCCGGAGCCCCCGGAAGCCCCGGCGCCGCGGCAGCCGCUUCGUCCGACGGCCGAGAUCGAAGGACGGUCUGAUUGGGGCCUCUUCGACCGGCAGUGUGUGGACCACGCGGAUUACAAGGAGUUUACCUACGAUUGCGACGGCCACAAGUUGCGCCUGCGCCGGACGCCCGCCUCGCCUCGGAUCUCUGCCGCUGCAGAAGCCCUGACAUGCUGGGCGCUCAGACACCCGCGAUGCUUUCGCCGGCGCCGCGUCUUGGAAGUGGGCGCUGGCCAGGGCCUUCCUGGCCUCAUCGUUGCUGUCAGCAUGGAAGCCAAGCACAUCGAGCUCAGCGACGGGGACCCAGCGGCGGUCGAGGCUCUCGCCGAUGCUUUGAAGUUGAACGAAGACUCCUUGCAAGCCGACUCUACAGCCGCCUCCCGGCUGUCCUUCGGCGAGGUGCCGGCGGGGAAGAAGUUCGACUGGAUCAUUGCCUCGGACAUCCUCGAGGCCAAGGAUCAACACUCCUCUUUGCUUCACAGUCUCCGAAAGCUUUUGAAACCCAACGGUGGUGUCGUCGUCGUGGGCUCCGGCGCAGCUUUCGAUGCCUUCACAUCGGUGGCCGGCGGUAUCUUUGCUCGUGUGCGCGUGGCGAGGGACUACAACGACAGGGUCAACAAGUUCCUGCCUCUGGCCUCGCGACCCAAGUUGGCCGUUCUGCGGCGGCCACCUGCGGCGCAGGCCAAGCACAAGGCAUCGAAAGCCAGACGCCCCUUUGAGCGCGAGGCUGCCGGCGCUGUGAAAAGUGUCUCAAAGCCAGCACCCGGGGAGGCGGAGCAGGAGGAGGACGAAGGCGACCCGGACCUCGAGGACGAGGACGUUGAGGAUGCAGACGAGGACCAGCCGGAUGAAGGCGAGGAGGCGGAGGACGAGGACGAGGACUGCGUCGCAGAGGCCCAGGAAGAGCUGGCAGCCACCGAUGCGGACAGCGCGGAAGACGACUGCGAGGAGGUUAUCGCCAUCCUCGAUCAAAGUGUCCGCAUCAUGCACGAGGAUAAAGCUGCCAAAGCAGAAGCCCAGAAGAAGGCCGCGGGCGCUCCGUGGCAACCACCAUGUCCUCCAGGACAACUUCGGAGGAGGAUCUUGGCACAGCGAGGAAGGCACCGCGCUGCUCGGCGCUCGCCGGAGGAGGCCGCCACACCCAGGACCGAGCCUGGGAUGGGGAGUGGCUCUAGCCGUCCUGUGACGCCGCAGCGAUCGGCAAAUGGCUCCGA